AUGUCGGACAUCCAUGACCAGGAAGUAUCCAGUUUCCCAGGCGAAAAGGCUACUACAGAACCUCCAUCUGAAGCGAACGGGGAAGGGGAAGACGAGUCUCAAUACCCUCAAGGGCUUAAACUAGCCGUCAUCAUCCUCUCCAACAUGAUCGCCAUGUUCCUUGUUGCCUUGGACCGAACCAUCAUCACCACGGCUAUUCCUCGCAUUACGGACGAUUUUCAUUCACUGAACGAUGUCAGCUGGUAUGCAAGCGCGUAUCUGAUUACUAGCUGCGCUACGCAGCUCCUUUGGGGCCGUAUUUUCACCUUCUACUCCACGAAAGCAGUUUAUCUCAUCGCAAUCUUUCUUUUCGAACUGGGCUCGCUCCUCUGCGGUGUCGCCCCCAACUCAGUCACCUUCAUCAUCGGCCGUGCCAUCGCUGGUGCGGGCUCGGCGGGCAUCUACUCCGGCAGCACUAUUCUCAUUACGAGUGUCACUCCUUUGCACAAGCGAGCUGGGUAUGUUGGUAUGAUGGGUGGUGUUUUCGGCAUCGCGUCAGUCAUCGCACCUCUCAUUGGAGGUGCCUUCACUGAUCGUGUAACUUGGAAAUGGUGCUUUCUUAUCAAUCUCCCUGUUGGAGGCGUCGCAGUUGCUGCCCUUAUUGUUCUCUUCCCGAAACUUUCUCCGAAAGAGUCAACUCCGCUCAAGCAACAAAUUAGACAACUGGAUCCUCUUGGAAAUCUUGUUUUCCUGCCUGGCGUCAUUUGUUUGAUUCUCGCACUACAAUGGGGCGGAGAGAAGUACCCCUGGAAUAGCGGACGCAUCAUCGCUCUCUUGGUUCUUGCUGGUGUUCUCCUUGUCAUAUUUGUCAGUAUUCAGAUCUGGCAGCGGGAGAAUGCCACAGUGCCGCCUCGUCUAUUUACGGUCCGCAACAUCUGGCUCGGAGCAGUCUUCUCAUUUUGCCUCGGAGCUGUCCUCAUUGUUUUCUUGGUCGCUUUGCCGAUCUGGUUCCAGGGCAUCAGGGGCACCGACGCCGUCACCUCUGGCAUCGACACCCUUCCUCUCGUUCUUGCUCUUGUCUUCGGGGCAAUGGUAUCCGGUGCGAUGAUCAACGGAAUUGGAUGGUUCAACCCCGUGUUCUUCUCCUCGGUCAUCUUCAUGUCUGUAGGCGGAGGACUAAUCUCAACAUUUGGUGUUCACACACCAACGCACACCUGGAUUGGAUACCAGAUCAUUCUUGGCCUCGGUGUUGGCCAGGGUAUGCAACUCGCAAGUCUUGGGGCGCAAGUCUCACUGGAGCAGAAGGACGUGCCCACAGGUGUGUCGCUGAUGUUCUUUGCUCAGUCACUAGGUGGCUCGGUACUGGUGUGCGUUGGUCAGGCUGUCUUCAAUGAGUCAUUAACAUCUCGACUCAGCCAGUUUCCUGACUUGGAUGUUUCCAGACUUGCUGGCCAGGGGGUUACCCAUUUGCGUGAUAGCAUCCCCACGGACAUUCUGGAAGCUGUCCUCGCCGAAUAUAAUGCAGCCCUCAGAAACUACUUCUACGUUGGCCUUGCGGUAGCCUGCUUUGCUAUUGUGCCUUCGUUGGGCAUUGAGUGGAGGAGUGUUAAGGGGAGGACCGGUCAUUGA